AUGAUCCGUCGCAACCCGACCCUCAUCACCAUGACCGACAGCGACGUCCAGGACGUCCGCGACAUGAUCGCGCUCAAGAGAGCAGAGGCUGCCACCGCCGCGGCUGUGACGAACGGGAAGGGAAAGGGAAAGGACAUGCCGCAGCCUCAAACACCCGCGACUCUCGUGCACUCCUGCUUCGCUCUGAUCCGCGCCGUCGUGGUGAGCCGAUUCUUUGUCAACUUGCACUCUGUUCACCAGCAAACGACUUGA